CCUGACAACUCUCCUUGCCUUCCCUUCACCCUCAGAUGCGGCUCGGAGUGACAGUCUGCCUGGUGGUGCUGGUGGUGAGUUUCUGCGAUGGAGUGGUGGUGUUCCCUGACGCUGUAGCUAAUCAGGGCCUCCUCCCCGUCCCUCUCUUCAUCGGAGGGCUUCCAGUACACGUGGCUGUUAUGUUCCUCGGCUUCUACGGGGCCAUGUGGAUCAGCACCUGGAUAGCCAAAGCGAAGAUAGAGAAGGAUUACCACUACGACUACGACGAGGAACUUCUCUACAAGCUUAACUCCAGGACGGGACGAGCGUUUGGGGACACAGAGGAGGACAUGAGGCACGCUAUGACGAAGACACUGAGGCGAAUUGAUACGGACAAGUGCCUGCAGAAGCUCGUUUGUUUCCUAGAGGAGCAGAGUGACAGGUCGCAAGAGGAGGACUUGUUACUGAAACUGUUCCCGGUGACCCAUUGCAAGUCCAGUGUGUUCCCGCGGUGCACGGCGACGGAGGACCAGCUGCGGGAAUUGAUGCACUAUUACCAAAAUGUUGAGAUGAAAAGAACCAUUAGUGUGCUGGAGAAAGAAGUGUUGUAGAUGUGUUGUUUUAGUUUUGUUUAGCAGUGUGUGUUAGGAAAGUGUGUAUGUGUGUAUGUGUUAGGGGCUAUGUAAUACGAUCAGAAUUUAGAGGUGAAAGAGUGUGUUUUUGCGUUAAAGAAGGAUGUUAUGUGAGUUGGCAGAUGAAAGAGAAUGUUUAAGCGUUAGAGAAAGAUAAGUUAGUUGUGUUUAGAGAUUGUUUGUUCAUGAAUGUGUUAGACGAAGAAGUUAAGUCUGAGUUAGCGUGUUAGAAAAGGAAGUUGUAGGAAGUCUUAUAGAAAUGGGAAAGAAAAGAAAAGUUGUAGGAAGUUUUAUAGAAAAGGGAAAGAAAAUGAAGUUGUAGGAAGUUUUGAAGUUGUUAUUCUUGGUUUGUGUUAGAGAAAGAAGCUUAGCCCGCCUGAGUUUGCGUGUUAGAAAUGAGAAAGUUGUAGGAAUCUUGUGAGUGAGUGAGUGAGUCAGUCAGUCUAGCUUUGUGUCUUAGGUUAGUGUGUUAAAAGAGGCCAGUCAUUCAGUCAGUUUGUGGUGUGUGAAAGAGUUACUGCCAGGUUAAGUUAGUGAGUUUGGCUUGGUGUGUUAGAGAAGUUACCGCCAUUUUAUUUUUUAUUAUGUAAGGGUGAAACUCCGCCCAAAGGUAACAAAACGACCAAACAAAAAAUGCUCACUUAGAUGCCAGUCCCCGAGCAGUCAGUCAGUCAGUCAGUCAGUCAGUCAGUCAGUCAGUCCGUCAGUCAGCCAUUCUCUCCUUCCCUUUACAUAUACGAGUAAAUGAAGCACUUUCGUUAAAAAAAAAAAUGUCUGACUGUGUGUGUGUUGGUUCACGAGUCACUGUUGUUGUUGUUGUUGUUGUUGUUGUUGUUGUUGUUUAUUGUUAUUUAUUGCUAUUUAUUGCUUCCAUACUCUUAAGUCAACUCUUUACUUACUUUUUUAUUUUAUUUUAUUUAAUCUAUUUAUUUAUUUUUGUCCUAAAGUUAAGUUACAAUUUCUUCCCCCCCCUCUCUCUCUCUCUCUCUCUCUCUCUCUCUCUCUCUCUCUCUCUCUCUCUGGUACUUAUUUAUUGAUGUAUUUAUUUAUUCACCUAAUUAUUAAAAGCAAGCCGUGUA